UUGUGCAGAUGAUACCAGGCGAUUGUUUCUGUGAUGACUGUAACAUGAGGCGGAUGGCUUGAUUAGAUGCUGUCUUCGGUGGAUGGGCGGUGAUGUGGGCGGUCGGCGGUCCGGGCUGCUCUUCCACUCGGUGGGCAACGUCCUUGGAUUCCUGGUGUCCGGCGCGCGGUUGUACGGCUGGCCCCUCUAUGCCAUGGAUGUCGUCCUCGGCUUGGCGGGCGAUGUCGUCCGGCUCGUCUUGGCACUCUGCGGGCGGUAGUACGGGCUGUCCCUCCAUGCAGUGGAUGACGUCCUCGGCUCGGCGGAUGAUGUCGACUGGUUCCUCUCGACGUUCGGCGGGGUGCGGCGCGACUUCAGUCUUGAUGUUCUCGGAUGAUGUCCCAAACCGGCAUGACAACGGGCGUAUGGUCUUCCUUUGAUCGUUUGCGUUCAUCAUAUGCAUCGUUGAAUGCUUUCAGUCUGGUGUUUAUCUCUUGCACGGAAAGGGUGGGUGUGUGGUCUUCGGUUGGCGGCGAACAAUCGGGUGAGAUGUCCUCGGUGUCCGACAGACUUGGAUUGACCUGGUCGUUUCCUGCCAUGGUUUGUGAGAGAAUAACGCGACGAAAGUGUGCAGUGAAUAAAAAACGUGAAAGUGUUGAUGUGAUAUAUAAAAUAAUUAAUAAGAAAUCCAAUAGAAAUUGCUAUAGCUUCGUAGUGAGUGAAAUACAGAAAAAGUGGUUUAGCAAUGUGUUCAGUGAUAAAAUGAGUCAAGUUAGCAAUAUCGUUAACAUAAAAAUGACACGAACACACAGGAUACACAGUGAACACUUAUGCGGUAAUACAGGUACGCCUCUUAUAAUUUAUUAUUACUAUUAUUAUAAAUAUUUUAUUCUUAUAAUUUCUUGCCGCAAUUCUAUAUAUAGGGCUAGUAUUCUUUGCAAAAUUUUAUAUAAAAGGAACAGUAUUCCGCAAUAUAUCCGUGAUUUAAUUUUACUUCCCUCUUUAUGCUUUAAAAACUUUUAAAAAUGUAAAUACCUUCAAUCCUCUUUUCUGUAAAUAUUUAUAAAUUGUUUCAAUAUAGACCUAAUAUUCU